GAGUUGACCGUACCUUUUCCGGGUCUCAAGGGGCCUCUGCUGCUAAGUACAGUUAGCAUGUGUGAAUGAUCACCAGGUUUAAGCAGAGUAAUAAUAGAAAAGGAGUCAGUAAUCGUUUUUUAUUCCACUUUGAGUCUAAUUUCUGUGGAAAAUGUCCGGGUUUCAGGAUCUUGAAGAUCUUUUCAGACGGAGGCUCCUCGCUGCUGCUCACAGAGACCUGGUGGGAGACGGAAAAACACCGUCCGGGUAUGAAGAGGAGAUCCAGAGACAGAGGAAACUGCUGAGAGUGAUUCUAACUCCUGAGAUAAAGCUGAGCAGAGCAGGUCUGUUUUCUGUCUUUACUGGAAACUUGUUUUCUGCUCAUGUUAGACCUUCUCAUGUUAGCAGCAGCGAGCUUCUCUUUAAUUAUCUGAUGUUUUUCUGACUUGUGUGACAGUUACAGUUGGUCCGACUCCACUUCAUGUUAAUGGUGACUAUUUAAAACCUGAAAAGUGGAAAAACUAACAUAUCUUCAUAGUUUACAUACAGCUAAAAGUCAAAAUGUUCAGUCUUCUAGUCCAAGACAGUCACGUGACAAAAUAAAUCUGAUUAACAAAAGAGCUAAAAUGUCCAAAAUAUGGUGAAGUGGAAGAUUAACCCUCCUACUGUCCUUGGGGUCAAUUUGACCCCAUUCAAUAUUUAUCAUUUAAAAAUAAUACUUGACUUUUGUUUUUUUGCUUCAUAUUUCAUGACUUUUCCGAAUUUCAUGGGGACUGAUUUUGUACACAUAUUGCAUGCAUUUGUGUGGGUAGUAGUUGAAAAUGCUUUUCUGGUCCGACUUUGAUCAGUCGAUCUUUCAGUCAGCGUGAAGAGCAGUAACCUACAGUACAUCUAAAGAAUGUACGUAUAUUUUUUAUGACUCAAUAAAAAUAAAAAAUAAAAUAUUUAAAUUUAUUAAGUCAUAAAAAAUAUUAGAAAUCGGCCACAACAGUAAAACAGUGACAUGAGUGCAAAAAAUAAUUUGUGCCUUUCUUUAAUAAAAGGACCCAAGAGAAAUCAAAUUUACCUUUCAUACCUGUGGUAGUGGUGGGAGAAAAUACUGAUAUGUUAAUUUGUCAUUUCCCUACCCUGUAUGAAACAGAUAUAUACAUUAACCUGGUCUAAAUAUCUGUAUCUUAUAUUAAAUUGCUCUAAAUAGGUUUCCCUGUCAGCCUGACUCAUUGACUGCUAACAGAGCAUCCUGAUCAGCUGUGAUGCUGAGGAUUUACCAGCUCACUCUCUCUCUCUCUUCAGCCCAGCAGUAAAUGAACAUUAUGCAUCAGUGUAAUUUAUCAUUCAGCGUAACGUUUCCACUCUUGAUUCCAACAUAAAUUCAGUUUCUUUUGAUUUCUCCUCAUUUUAGUAUUUCCUGCCGACAUUCAGCUGCUCUCAGUGAUUAAAGAAGAGCCUCAUGAGCAGCAGGAGUGGAGCCCCAGUCUGGACCAGGAGGACACUGAGACGCUGUUUAAGCACAUUAAAGAGGAACGGGAGGAACUCUUGAGCAACCAGGAGGAGGAGGGGGCUGAUACCUCUGAGUUACCGUUCACUGUUGUUCUUGUUAAGAGUGAAGAUGAAGAGGAGAAACCAGAACCUUCAGAGCUUUAUCAAACACAGACUAAACAGAUGGAGAAAGAAGAUGACAGAGAGGACUGUGAGGGACCAGAACAGGAUAGGAACUCAGAUCAGGAGAGACCAGAGACUGACGUCAAUGUUGAAGACUCAUCUGAACCUGAGACCGAGGACAGUGAUCAUUGUGAGACGAGUGACCGUCAGCCAUGUUUGAACUAUCAGGAGAACAACAGAAAGAAGAAACCAAAGACAAAUGUUAAAUCCUUCGGUUGCCCUACGUGUGGUAAAAGAUUUUCCCGAAACUAUGGUCUGACCCAACACAUGAUCACUCACACAGAAAAGAAACCAUUUAGCUGCUCCAAGUGUGGUAAAAGAUUCAAUUCUAGGGGAACCAUGAGCAAUCACAGGUUAGUACACCGUAAGGAGAAACCGUUCAGAUGCCCUGUUUGUGGUAAAGGAUUCAACUAUAAAAGAAAUGUAUCCAGACACAUCUUAAUUCACAACGAGGAGAAACCUUUCAGCUGCCCUGAGUGCGGGAGAAGUUUUGCAGAUAAAGGGAAUCUCGCCAAGCACAUGGCGAUUCACACAGGAGAGAAACCCUUCAGCUGCUCUGAGUGCGGAGGGAAGUUUACCCAGAAGAGAGGUCUAACCCAACACCUGAGGCUUCACAAGCAAGCGAAACCAUUCAAGUGUUCUGAAUGUAACAAGAGCUUUCACUUAAAAGGAAAUCUGACCAAACACAUGUUAAUCCACACUGGAGAAAAACCGUUCAGCUGCCCUCAGUGUGACAAAAAAUUCACCCAAAAAGCGAGUCUGAUCAGACACAUGCCGAUUCACACGGGAGAUAAUCCGUUUGGCUGUUUUUAUUGUAACAAAGGCUUCGGUUCGAAAGAAAAUUUGAUCCACCAUAUGUUAAUUCAUAUAGGAGAGAAACCGUUCAGCUGCUCUGAAUGUGGAAAAAGAUUUACCCAAAAGGGAAAUUUGACUAAACACAUGUUAGUUCACACAGGGGAGAAACCCUUCAGCUGCCCGCAGUGUGACAAAAAAUUUACCCAAAAAUCGAGUCUGAUCAGACACAUGCCGAUUCACACAGAGGAGAAUCCGUUCAGCUGCUCGGAUUGUUUCCGAUGUUUUUGCUCUGAAGAAAACCUGAUCCAGCACGUGUCGAUUCACGCAGUGGAGAAACCUUUUAGCUGCUCAGAGUGUGGUAAGAGAUUUACCGAGAAAGUAAAUCUGACUAAGCACAUGUCUGUUCACAGAGAAGAGAAACCCUUUAUAAUCGUGAGUAUUUGAGCAUGGUGGGGCUGAUGCAGAAUAACUCAAUUUAUGAGCUGAUGAGAGUGAGAAUAAUGAAUUCUUUAUUUUAGUUACUUUAGAUUUUACUGCACUGUUAGUUUGUAUUACUAGAGAUGAGUUAUAUUUGGGAAAUUUAUUGGGGUAGUAACUAAGGACAUCACUUUGGUUUAGUCUGUACUCUGUCAGAAGAAAAAAAUCUGAUUUUCCUGAGGUUUGUGGGAAAUGUGAUGUAUCAAGGAUUUAAUGAAUUCUAUGACUGUGAGAGACACAAUUAAAAAAAUAAUUCUGUUUUAUAAAUAAACUUUAUUUCACAGAUUUUCUGUUGGUAUUAUAUUUUUAUUCAUUUUCUGAGUCAAGUAUGUGCCAUAAUUUCUUAACCACAGUCUCAGGAUAGUGAUGAGCUAAACUUCUGUGUCAAAAUACUCAAUGUUAUAAAAUCAGAGACAUGAGUCAAGGCGGAGUCACUGGAGUCCAUACAUAGCGGCCAUCUUACUCCAGUAUACCAUUCUGGUCUGCUCUAUGGUAGCUGAUGGAAGUUGAGUAAUCUUCAUGAUCAAAAAAUCCUCUGAACUCGCUGAAACCUUGACAGAUUUACAAAUGGUUUUGUUCAUUACAGAUUACGUGGCUAUGAGUCAGGAUGUUUGGACAUAUUGAAAUGUCAGAUUUACUUUAAGAAAAUAAAAAAGACUUCAUGAA